AUGUUUCAUCGGUCCUGUAGACUUCUUUUGAGGUUGCGCACUGUCUACAAACCGAGUGCUUGCUUUUCGAGUGGAAAAAGACUAAUUUUUCCAGUUGUUACACAGAGGUCUGUCAUUUACAGGUCGAUCAUCCUAACGAAUCAUGAUUUGCCUUUGUUGUCUUUCAAACGUUUUAUGUCUUAUCCUCCUCAUCUCGUAAUUAAACUUCCCAACUUAUCUCCUACUAUGGAGACAGGUACGGUUGUAAGCUGGGCAAAGAACGAAGGCGAUGAAGUUUCGGAAGGUGACCUACUUGCUGAAAUCGAAACAGACAAAGCAACCAUGUCAUUUGACGCCAAUGAGUCCGGAUUUCUUGCGAAAAUUUUGGCCCCUGCUGGAAGCAAAGAUAUACCUGUCGGAACAGCUCUAUGUAUCAUAGUUCAAGACGAGAGUGCCGUUUCGGCUUUCAAGGAUUAUGUAACUGGACCAACAGAACAAGUUUCUACUCCAAAAACUGAAGUACCCAAACCUCAGGUCCCUCCUGCUGCUGCUUCUCAGCCCUCACCAGCUACACCUAAACCUAUUACUCCUACUCCCAAAGCACCAGCAACCGGAGAAAGGGCUGUUGUUUCACCGUUCGCUCGUCGUUUGGCUGCUGAAAAGGGACUUGAUUUGUCAAAUGUAGUUGGCACUGGCAUGUACGGCAUGAUUCGUUCGACUGACAUAAAUCUUGAAUCUAUUGAUCAAAAAGCUAGCACAAUGACUGGUGGUCCAAUGUUAAAUUAUGGAAAAUUCGAGGAUAUUAAUGUUAGCAACAUGCGAUCAGUAAUUGCUAAACGAUUAACUGAAUCAAAACAAACUAUUCCACAUUAUUAUUUAACAAUGGAUAUUCAAGUAGAUGAAAUUUUAGAAAUACGCUCUAAAAUUAAUUCAAAUUUAUCUAAUUUAAAUGACUCAAAAUCUGAUGAACCUGUGCCAAAAAUAAGUUUAAAUGAUAUUCUUAUAAAAGCAGCAUCAUUGACAUGUUUAAAAGUACCUGAAUGUAAUUCAUCUUGGCAUGGGGAUUUUAUUCGACAAUAUCAUACUGUCGAUGUAAGUGUAGCUGUGGCUAUUCCUUCUGGAUUAAUCACACCAAUAAUAUUUUCUGCAGAUACAAAGGGUUUAGUACAAAUCAAUAAAGAAAUGCGAAUGUUAGUUACUAAAGCUAAACAGAAUAAAUUAAAACCUCAAGAAUAUCAGGGUGGAACAUUUUCAAUUUCUAAUUUGGGGAUGUUUGGAAUUACUAAUUUCUGUGCUAUAAUUAAUCCACCUCAAGCAUGUAUUCUUACUGUAGGUAGUACAAGACCAAAAAUUCUACCAGAUAAUAAAAAUCCUAAAGGAUUUAAAGAAGCGAAUAUUUUAUCAGUUACAUUAUGCUGUGAUCAUCGUGUUGUUGAUGGAGCAGUUGGAGCUUAUUGGCUUAGUGAAUUUAAAAAGAUUUUAGAGAAUCCAGCACUUUUUCUUAUUUAA